CUGAUCUUGAACCUGCCUCGUCGUCCCCAAUUAUUCGCUUUACAACUUUAAACGUUUGUAUGGAAAACAGACGAGCUACCCUCAAAUCAGCUGAUAAUAUCGAGAUUGUGAUGUCAGCGGAAAUUUCGGGAAACGUGAAGAAAGCGGUCCGUUACUAAACCUAAACACACAGGCCGCCGACGUUGCGUCUGGACCACGCUAGUCUACAGUACUGACGUAUUUUUAAAUCAUGCCUCCAGGAAAAAAUUUUAGGAGGAAGAAAGAGGAUUCAUCCGACGAGGAAGAUGAUGAGACAAAAGCCGUGGUCAGGUCCAGACUGGAUGAAGCUAAGGAGCUUCAAAGUUUACGAAAAAGGCAGCAUGGAGUAAGCAUUACAACGUUACUUGUAGGAGAGAAGCUACCUUUGGAGGCUGAGAUUGAGGACGACCCAUUUAAACUGAAGACUGGAGGUGUUGUUGACAUGAAGAAAGUGAAAGACAGAAACCGAGACAUGACAGCAGAUGAAAACGACCUGAAUCUUGGUACCUCCUUUUCUGCUGAGACUAACAGACGAGAUGAAGAUGCAGACAUGAUGAAGUACAUUGAGACCGAAUUAAAGAAAAAGAAAGGCAUGGUGGAGGCGGAAGAGCAGAAAGUGAAGGUGAAGAAUCCAGAGGACCUCCUGUACGAGCUUCCAGAGAGCAUCCGUGUCAGCUCUGCCAAAAAGACCGAAGAGAUGUUGUCCAAUCAAAUGCUGAGUGGAAUUCCAGAGGUGGAUCUGGGGAUAGAUGCAAAGAUAAAGAACAUCAUCAGCACAGAAGAAGCCAAAUCAAAGCUUCUUGCGGAGCAGAGGAAUAAAAAGAAGGACAGCAGGACCUCCUUUGUUCCCACUAACAUUGCUGUAAAUUACGUCCAGCAUAAUCGCUUCUAUCAUGAGGAUGUAAAUGCUCCCCAGAGACGGCACAGAGAAGAACCCAAAGCCAGGCCACUACGAGUAGGAGACACCGAGAACCCUGUGCCUGAGACUUCACCACCUAAUUACCGCAAGAGGCCUAAUAACGAGAAGGCCACAGAUGACUACCACUAUGAGAAAUUCAAGAAGAUGAACCGACGAUACUAGUCCUCUACCAUUGUUACAGUCAACCGAAUUUCUUUCUUUAAAAUAAUAAUGUAAAUAUUUUUUACUGUCUUCAUAGCUUGCAUACAGUCAUAAACAUUUUACAAUACCCCCCCCUGUUCAGCCUUGGCUGUAAAUUAGUCUUUGGUCUUGCUUAACAUUUAACAAGAACAAUGAACUCCACAUAUCAAUACAAUUAAUCAUCAAUUUAACAACAUAUGCCAUCAAAUAAAUCGUUAAUGCAUUUAUUCCUCCUAAAAACAAUGCCGUCCUAGUUUUUGUUCAAGAAACGUAUUGCUUAUGGCUAAAAGGUUUGUUUAUAUAUUGUUUUAGUUGCCU